AUAGAUCAAAUGGCGCAUCGCGUCGCCAGCAAAGUUAUUCAACAGUUACUGACAUAAGUAGCACGCAAAACGAGCGAAAAUUGUGUUUAUAAACAAAAGACCCAGAAAACGAAACCAUGAGCGAUGAGCCCGUUAUGGCAACCAACGACGACGCCAGCGAGUGCAAGAGGGGCGCCGUCCAGUUGGGAUACUGGCAAGAUAACUAUAUUCCUUACUUUGUCCGCCAAAUUGAGAAGAGAGCCCCAGAAAUCAACCGGGGUUACUACGCCCGAGUGAAGGGCGUAGAGCGUUUUAUAAAGACCUUUUUAAAGAAGGCAGGGUCCUCUUCGCAGAUAGUAAACUUGGGGGCUGGCUUUGACACUUUGUAUUGGAGACUGAAAGACCAAGGCGUCUAUAUGUCGAAUUAUGUCGAAAUUGAUUUCCCGACUGUCACAGCUCGAAAAUGUUACGCAAUAAAACGGAACAAGCAAUUGUUGGAGCGCAUUCACGAACAAGACGGCGAGGUUAAACUCAGCGCCACUGAUUUACACGCUGGAAAUUACCAUUGCAUAGGGGCUGAUCUGAGGAACAUAUCACAACUCGAGAUGAAGUUGCAGCAGGCUGAAGUUAGUUUUGCUAAUCCCACAUUGUUUAUUGCAGAGUGUGUUUUAGUGUACAUUGAAAAUGAUUGUGUUAACAGAUUGUUAGGAUGGAUUGCAAGUAAGUUUAAGUCGGCUCUGUUUGUUAAUUAUGAGAUGUGUAAUAUGAAUGAUACUUUUGGGGAUGUUAUGUUGGGGAAUUUGAGGGCCAGAGGGUGCACUUUGGCGGGGAUAUCGUUUUGUAAGAAUUUAGAAACACAGAAAAGUAGGUUUAUAAGUAACAAUUGGCAGGGUGCCAAAGCUUGGGACAUGGUACAAAUUUAUUAUGACCUGCCUGCAGCUGAGAGGCAGCGCAUAGAGAAAAUAGAAUUUUUGGAUGAACAAGAAUUGCUCAUUCAACUUUUUCAACAUUACUGCAUAUGUGUUGGGUGGUUGGGAACAGAGUUUGCUGAUAUUAGUUGUAACGGUGGAGACUAAUAGUUUUAAAUUUUAUCUUUGUGGUCAAACCCUUAACGUUUUAAUUUAAUGUAAACAAGCUCUGUGAUAUUUUGAAAAAAAUAUAGCUUUACCUUAAGGCUAGUUUUCACACAAAUGAGCAAAUUGCGAACGAUAUUUUGAAAUUAAUGUACUUUAAUUUAAAAUAAAAGGAUGUAUACUUCAUGGUUGACAUUUUUUUGUGAAAAUCUCGUUGAGAUUCUUGUAUGGAAACUUAGCUUUAGUGUUUGUACUGUAAUAGAAUGUGAAUGUAUUUCAUUGUAAUCAUCCCUGAAAAUUUGUGAAUAUAUUGCUUUUUAUUUAAAAUGUGAUACUUUUUAGUAUUAAUUUCAUGUAAUGAUUUAUUAAAUUUAUUUGUUGAAACGCGUUUUUUAUGUCAACCACCUGUUUUUGCCGCAUUGAUAACCACGCGAAGGAAGUGUUAGCGGUUCAGUUCAACUGUUGUGUCAUAUUUUAUGAUGAUCCGCACUAUUUCGAAGCACAGCGCAAUAAAAGUGCAAUUUGUCUUAAAAAAAAAACAAAAUCACUAAUGUUUAUUUUAACCAAACAGCCAUAAAUCGUAAAAAAAAGCGUAAAGGAAAAAUACAAGCACAGGUCGUGUGGCUUCAGUGCUUUAAAUUAUACCUCAUGUUUAUUCAAAUAUAAUUGUUUUGGAUUAGCUUAGAUUUUGAUGAACCUGACGCUCACAAUCAGUUGAAGGUGGAGUUAAAAACUUUUUGAUUGAUCACGUUAAACGAUGAGUUGUAUAUAUUUACCUUGUAUAUUCAAAAUUCUGCUAUUCAAAUUUCGUUACUAUUUUUGCAACAUGGUAUAAUAUCUAAUCUUUGGAACUGCUAAACCCAUUACUUCUAAAUGGUGUAAUCUUAGAUUAUCUUGAAGAUGGUUAAAUAUUUAACACAAUUUGUCUAUUAUUAAUCCUCCCAGAAAAGUGAAAGACGCCAUACCGUAAUAUUGAUAAUUAAGUGUUUUAUGUGAAACAUAUUUUUAAUCUGUAAGUAUAUGUAAGCUGUCCAAAAGAAACGUCUGAACUAUCAAAUUUUACAAUUUUCUCAUAUAACUGCAUACCUUGAAUGUGUAAAAAAUCAAUUUAAUUUUUUCGAAAUUUUUGGAUUGCAGUUAUUAGCGUUAAUCUGUGCGCACUAAAUUAGUAAGAAUAAAAGAAGACACAACCAGAAAUAUUUGAUUAAAACCAUCUUUUUGACAUGCAUGCGGUAUUUGUUAAGCGUUGAAAACAAAAGAAGAAAUAGAAAAUUGAACCAGUAUAUUUGAUACACAUUUCCAAAUUUUGAAAAAUUUUUGCGUUUAUGUUUUAUUUUUCAAAUCAAAGAACUGUCCUGUUUUUCGAAGUACAUUCAAAUUGUUGUUAUGAUAUUAAAAAAAAAAAAAAAUAAUAACAACUAAAACUUUGGUGUGUUAAACUGGUUCAGUUUUCAAUCUCGAUCGUAUUUACAAAACAUUUUGUGGGCUAUUACUCAGAUAUUUUUGAAGAUUUUGGCAUUUCACGGUAGGAUGAUGUGAAAAAUAUGUGGUCAAAAUUUGAAAUUAGUCUAACUCAGUAAAAAAAGCAUCAUGAGAUCGAUCAAACUGCGUUGAUUUAAAUUUGGAACAUGGAAAAUAAAUAAAGUUUAUUUUAAUAUCUAAAAAUUGUUAAUGUUUAAUAAUUAAUAUAGUUAUAAGAAACAAUACAAUGCGAAGAAAUAAACACCUUACAUUAAAAAACGAUAUUUUUUAAUAAUGUAGAACAUAAAACAUUAAAGGAUGUUGGAAACAUAUACAAGGCUAUCAUAAAUGAUUCUAACAGUGGACACUGCUAUAUUAUGUUUCGCCUCUUUCGCAACGAAAGUUCAAAUGACAAUCAUUCUGACAUAUGUUUGACAUAUUAACUAUAUUAAAUUAUAACUUUUCAAAUGUCUACUAUUAGGUACUAAGAAGUGGCAAAUCUGUAAUAUUUAUAAAUUUCACAGGUCACCGGAUGUAAGACACAUCGAUGAAAGUUCUGUAUAUGUACAAAACAAAAAUUAUGUAUGUACUUACAAAAAAAUAAAAACAAUUAUAGCUUAUUA